CAGCUUGCCGGAAGCCCAGGCCGCGUACCCGCCGGGAGGAGGCAGGCUGCCGCAGCCAGGACUAUGGUGCUUUGUCUUCUGAGCAGAACACUGCAACUAGCAAGACAUUCAUCCAAUCCGCUUGGGAGACAGCUCUGUUCAACCAGCACAAAUAAGCCGGUGUUGACUUUAUUCACCAAGAAACCAUGCCCACUGUGUGAUGAAGCAAAAGAAGUGCUUGAGCCAUAUAAGAGAAGGUUUAUUUUGCAGGAGGUGGAUAUUACCCUUCCAGAGAAUUCAGCAUGGUAUGAUAAAUACAGAUAUGACAUACCUGUUUUUCAUUUAAAUGGGAAGUUCUUAAUGAAGCAUCAAGUAGACAUUGAAAAAUUUGAGGAUCAGCUUAUGAAGGUGGAGUUGCAAAAUGACAGAAACCAAUGAAAAAAAUGCAGCUGCUCUAGUAUGGAUCUGAAAGUACUGUAUGGUGUUACCAACACAUGAAGACUCAAUUCUUUUAGCAGGGUGAGCAUACGUUGCACUUAAGUCUGUUGAAUCUACUACAGCAAGCUUUGAGCUGCUUGGUACUUGGGUUACUCCCCAAGAGUGGGAGUUGUCUUAAGUGCCAUUGUCUAAAAAAAUGUCCUAGGUUAAGAUACAGGAGUUCUCCCUUAGUGUCCAGUUCUGUUGUUAAAAAAACCCAUGCUAAUGUAUGGUCUUCUGCUUUGUAGUGCUUCUCCAUCUUUACAAAUGCAGCAAACAGGGAAGUAUGUUUCUUUGUUAUUAUGAAAUAAAUA